AAAACAAACCACAAAAACCCCAGAAGAGACAGAAAAUAGCCACCGUUGCCGUCCGGAAUAAGCAGCACCGCCGCCGCCACAGCCGCCAGGACCACUACCAGCGAACAGCAAAUAGAUAUGGCUCGAUGGGAUGAGAUUCUCUCUCUUCCUGUACAAAACCCGCCAACUUUGGAGUUUUCUUCCAGUGAUCUUGUGUGGUCAAAGGUGGAAGGCUGGCGUGACAACAUAGACAGAGUUUGUCUUAUUCCAUUUGCUAGAGUUGAUGACUUUGUUAGGGGUGAAUCAGCUAAUAAUGAUUGUCCGACACGAUUCCAUGUUGAAGCAAGGAGAAGACGACCCCCUGAGAUGUCUUACAAGCCGAAAGUUGAUGGCAUUCUUGAAUACAUAUUGUACUGGUGCUCUUUUGGUCCUGAUGACCACAGAAAGGGAGGUGUUGUUCGACCUAGUAGGACUACCUAUGUGCCAAAAAAGAAGUCUGCUGGCCGACCAAAUACAAAGAGAGGCUGUACUUGUCAUUUUAUUGUCAAACGCUUAAUUGCAGAGCCUUCAGUUGCUCUUAUUAUUUACAAUCAAGAUAAGCAUGUGGAUAAAAAGGGGUUGCCAUGCCAUGGCCCACAGGAUAAGAAGGCUGCUGGGACACGUGCAAUGUAUGCCCCAUAUAUCUCCGAGGAUCUCCGUCUUCGUGUCUUAUCUUUACUGCAUGUUGGGGUCUCUGUGGAAACAAUCAUGCAGAGACAUAACGAGUCAGUGGAGAGACAGGGAGGUCCGAGCAAUCGAGAUGACUUGUUAACACACAGAUAUGUACGUAGACAAGAGCGGAGCAUACGACGUUCUUUGUAUGAAUUGGACGAAGAUGAUGCAGUCAGCAUCAGCAUAUGGGUUAAAACCCAUCAGAAUUGUGUUUUCUUUUUUGAAGAUUUCUCUGAUUCAGACCCUUUUGUCUUGGGUAUACAAACGGACUGGCAGUUGCAACAAAUGAUUCGUUUUGGGAAUCACCGCCUCCUGGCUUCUGAUUCAAGGUUUGGAACCAAUAAAUUGAAGUAUCCUAUUCACAGUCUUGUUGUAUUCAACUUAGACAACAAGGCUAUCCCGGUAGCAUGGAUAAUCGCUCCUAGGUUAGCAGUUGGAGAUGCACAUAGAUGGAUGAGAGCUCUUUACAACAGAGUUCGCACAAAAGAUCCUUCAUGGAAGCUUGCUGGGUUUGUUAUAGAUGAUCCUCUGUUUGAUAUUCUCACAAUCAGGGAAGUCUUUCAGUGCUCAGUGUUGAUAUGCUUUUGGCGAGUUCGUCAUGCUUGGCACAAAAACCUGAUGAAGAGAUGCUCAACAAUGGAGAUACGUGCUGAAAUUGCAAAAAUGCUUGGUCAGACUGUCUUGAAUAUCUGCAAAGGAUCUAGCAGUGCAAAUGUUUUUGAGGAUAUGAUGGAAGAUUUUGUAGAUGCUACUGAUUUUGCUGAAUAUUUCAAGUCAGUUUGGUUGCCGAGGCUAGGUGUGUGGUUUACUGCACUGAAAACUCUUCCUCUUGCCAGCCAGGAAACUUCUGCAGCAAUAGAGUUCUACCAUAUCCAGUUGAAGGCCAGAUUAAUGAAUGAGAAGGACUGUAAUGUAUACCAACGUGCUGACUGGUUGGUGGAUAAGCUGGGCUCUAAAGUGCAUUCUUACUUCUGGCUAGAUGAAUAUUCAUGUAAGGAUGAUUUUGCACGAUACUGGAAGGAUGAAUGGUUGAGUGGCUUAACAAAGUGGAGGAAAUCAAUGAAGAUUCCAGAUGCUGACAUUGCCAUAGAUGGUAAAUGUGCAAAAGUUAUUGACCUGGAAGAUCGAGAUUCUGUUCAUGUGGUAUGGAAUCCAGGCUCUGAGUAUGCAUUGUGUGACUGUAACUGGUCUUGUACAGGCAAUUUGUGCGAGCACGUAGUGAAAACUAUCAAGUUUUGCCGUGAUAAAAAAUAUGUUGUACCGUCUGUUAGCAUGCUCCAGUAUACCCAAGCUCUGAUUAAUAUGCUGCACUGCCCACCCUAUGAUUCUUUGGUGCGUGACCAUGCCGUUUCUUUGGCAGUCUGUGUGCAGAUGCAGUUGAAUGGCCAAAUUUGUCCAGAUAAUAGUGGGAUCACAUCGAUUUCUGUGGAGGAAGAAGUUGAGCAGACUUUGCAGAAUCAUGAUAGGAUUGUGGAAAAUGAGAACCACCAUGCAAAUGGGGAUGUUGGAUCUGCACUUGAGCAGAAGCAUUCAGGUUAUGGAACAGAUGAUGCAAGGGGUACCCUAGUUGAGCAAAUUGCUAGCGAAAAUGAUAACUGUGGUGAUGGGGCUGGAAAGGAACAUUCUUCUAUUGGAAUGGAAACUAUUCCAUCAUCCCUCUCUACUGCUGACCCUAAGUGAUUUCCCAUUGAGAAUAAAGUUGAGAUAUUCUCUAAAAUCAGGAUGCCAAUCUAUUGUGAAAAUAUUCUCAACAUUUCAUUGGCAACCCUCAACUGGAAUGGAAGAGCAAAGAUGGAAAAGCUAGUAACAUUGGUUAAGAAAGAGUUGGCUGAGCUCAAGGAUGUAUCAGAAACAGCAAAUGCAGAGAAAAGCAGAAGGAUAGAGGAAAUUUAGUGGCAGGAUAAGGAUGACGUGGCAGUGUCUUCUGGAUGGUGUGAUUGGAAUAUAAAUUAAUAUAGCAAUCAAUUAGACUAGCAGAAUGGGAGGCAAUGACUCUAUAAGAAUGGUCAGUCCGUGGAGUGGGGAUCUCCAUUAUACAUUACCUGAAACACUACAAGGAUUUGUUCACACAUUGGCUUGAGCAAAGUAACUGAUACAAUGAUCUACAAAGAAGUUGAAGAUCAAGAAAAUUUACGAGUUCCUGUAUCAAGCUUUGAGCUGUUGAGGCCUUUCAAAGUUUGCUGCUUCAGACACUUAAUGGGCCCAAGCAUGUAAAGAAUUUAAGAUAGAUGGUUAAGCUUAGCUUAGCUGCAAAGGACAGAAUCCCAGUUUAUUGAUGGGGCAAGAGAGGUUCUUGAGGAGAUUUGUUAGAAAACCCAUUGUUGCUCGAGGCAUAGCUUGCAGUUGCAUUGUUGCUGGAUAGAUGUGGACCAUCAAGCAUGAAAAUAUAUUGUUGCUGGACUAAUGUGGAGGUGCUGAUAAGGAGAUUAGAAUAAGCAUGAGAAAAAUGGUCAAGAAGGCAAGAAUUGAUGUCAAGGGCAAAGUACAGUGUUUGCAGAAGAAUGUGGAGGUUGCAUUGAGGAGCUACGAGGAACUUGAGGAUGCGUUACCUCAGAUGAUGAUCUGAGCUCGGAAGAGUUGCCUAAGCGUGCUGUGGUACUUAGGGCAGGGUACAUUGCUGUCAAAUUUGCUUCAGUUUAGUGUGGCAUGGGUACGAUUGUGGAUCCAUGCUUCAGAAAGGAACUUCCACGGAGGUUGUUAAAAGUUUUUUUGUUUGUGCAUAAAUUCUUCUUUCUUUGACAAGCUUGCAGUUCAACAAAUUUCUGUAGCUACUUUUACUUACCAUUUAACUUAUUUGCAUGCCUUGCCUCUGUGAUGAGUAAUCACACAGAGAAAUUGGCCAUCAUUAUUUGCAGGCUCUCUUAAAUUUGGCUACCUUGAGAUCCUCUGAAAAAAUUACAUUCGUAUUGCUCAAAUAUAGAAAAGCCCAUGUAAGCUUAAGGUUUUAUGGCUUCAUAAUGCCACUAGAUAAUGCUCAGUGUAUCCUUUCAUUUAAAACUAACAGAGGAAGUAGCUGCUGUCUUAUUA